AUGGGGAAAAAGAGGAUUGUAGAAGAAAAUUAAAAUGAAGAGCCAGAAGAAGUCUAAGAGGUGAAAGCAAAAGUUGAAAAUAAAAAAUAAAAAAAAAUUGCUAAAAAUUAGAAUAAAAUAAGCAAAGAUGUUGAUUUCAUCUCAUUUUUAAAAGAGGAUAUUCGAUUUUUAAUCUAACAUAGAAAUUAAGAGAAUGAAUAAAAGUAAUAAAAGGCUGAAGAAGUUUAUUCUAAAAUUGAAGGUAUUUUAUAUUAAAUUGCUUAAACAAAAAUUGGGGGUAGAACAAUUUAAUUAGUAAUUAAAUGUGCAGAUCAAAAUGUAAGAAAAUAAAUAUUUUAAAAAUUAUUGAAUGAUAAAUAAUUUGGAGAAUUAUUAUAAUCUAAAUAUGGUCACUAUAUUGGAAUUACAAUGGUUAGAAAUAUGUUACCUGAAUUUAGAAAUUAAUUUUUUGAGAUUCUAUUAAGAAAUGUCAAUCAAUAUGUAGCUUAAGGAGAUGCAAGUAUCGUUUUAGAUAGAUUUUUAACAAGAGAAGCCACAACUUAAUAAGUGAAUAAAGUUAAAGCGCUUUUUUAGAAUCAUAGUGAAAAAAUUGACAAUUUAGCAAUGAAAAUUAUUGAAAAAGGAAUUCAUAAUCAUUUAUUAAGUUUACAAAUUCUCAAAAUAGCAUUACCUAAAUUAGUUCCUGAAGAGAGAUAGAAAGUUAUUGAAUAUUUUCAAUAAUUGGAAAAUCUUGAUUAUUUAAGACAUAAAGAUGGCAUUUCAGUAUUAAUUAAAAUUAUUUUUAGAUUUUUUGUGCAAUUUUAAAUGUAACAGACAAAAAAGAGAGAAAAAACUUUUUAAAAAAUAUAUAAACAUAUAUGUAAUAAUCUCAAGAACNUAUAAACAACAAUAUUUAAAUAACUAUUUAAACUAUAAAAACUAUAUAAGAAAUAUUUAUGAAUGUGAUUUAAGUAAAAAAAAAGGUUGUCAAAUUUAAAAUUUUAAAUUCAUCAAAUUGUUGUUUUAAAUAAAAAAAUUAUAAAAUUAAUAUAUGGGGAAAAAGAGGAUUGUAGAAGAAAAUUAAAAUGAAGAGCCAGAAGAAGUCUAAGAGGUGAAAGCAAAAGUUGAAAAUAAAAAAUAAAAAAAAAUUGCUAAAAAUUAGAAUAAAAUAAGCAAAGAUGUUGAUUUCAUCUCAUUUUUAAAAGAGGAUAUUCGAUUUUUAAUCUAACAUAGAAAUUAAGAGAAUGAAUAAAAGUAAUAAAAGGCUGAAGAAGUUUAUUCUAAAAUUGAAGGUAUUUUAUAUUAAAUUGCUUAAACAAAAAUUGGGGGUAGAACAAUUUAAUUAGUAAUUAAAUGUGCAGAUCAAAAUGUAAGAAAAUAAAUAUUUUAAAAAUUAUUGAAUGAUAAAUAAUUUGGAGAAUUAUUAUAAUCUAAAUAUGGUCACUAUAUUGGAAUUACAAUGGUUAGAAAUAUGUUACCUGAAUUUAGAAAUUAAUUUUUUGAGAUUCUAUUAAGAAAUGUCAAUCAAUAUGUAGCUUAAGGAGAUGCAAGUAUCGUUUUAGAUAGAUUUUUAACAAGAGAAGCCACAACUUAAUAAGUGAAUAAAGUUAAAGCGCUUUUUUAGAAUCAUAGUGAAAAAAUUGACAAUUUAGCAAUGAAAAUUAUUGAAAAAGGAAUUCAUAAUCAUUUAUUAAGUUUACAAAUUCUCAAAAUAGCAUUACCUAAAUUAGUUCCUGAAGAGAGAUAGAAAGUUAUUGAAUAUUUUCAAUAAUUGGAAAAUCUUGAUUAUUUAAGACAUAAAGAUGGCAUUUCAGUAUUAAUUAAAAUUAUUUUUAGAUUUUUUGUGCAAUUUUAAAUGUAACAGACAAAAAAGAGAGAAAAAACUUUUUAAAAAAUAUAUAAACAUAUAUGUAAUAAUCUCAAGAACACUUACAUAGAAAUUCUUAAUUCUAUUUAGCUUUGUAAAAGGUUAUUUUUACAUAUGAUGAUACUAAAUAAGUUAAUAAAUCAAUUUUACAAGAAAUAUUACCAGAAUGGUUAAAUUCUGUACAUGUUUUUAAAAUAAUAUAAUCUAUUUAUUAACCAAAACUUAGAGAUGAUUUAAAAUUUGAUAAUAUUGGUUUAUCUAAUACAAUUAGUUUAAAAGAUGAUGAAAUUAGAAUAAAGGAACUUUAAGAUUAUUGUUUUGAUUCAAUUCUAAAUUCUUUAUAAUAAAGUGAAACAAGUAUAUUAGUGGAAAGCAAUAUAAAUUAAUUCAUUUGUUACUUUAUAUAAUACAUAAUUAAGUAUUCUUAAGUUUAAGCAUUGGAUUUCAUUAAAACUUAAAUUAAAUAGUUACUUUAUUUUAAAGUUGAUACAAUAUUCAGUAGAGAAUUUGAAUAAAAUGAAAAUUAUUGGAUAUUGACAUAACCAGAAGCAUAAAGAAUUGCCAAAUGUCUGAUUCAAUAAUAAUAGAUAGCUGUAAUUAUAGAGUCAAUAAAAUUAGGAAAAUGAAUUUAAAGUGAUCAUUGAUAAUUACUGUUAAAAAAUAUAAAGCCUUUUGAUAUAGAAUUUGAAAGUGACUUUGAUAAGCAAAGCAAUAUAUUUGUUAUUGGCUUUAAUUGAAAAUACAAAUUUAAAAGAUUAAGUUCUCUAGGAUGUAAAAAAGAAUAAAAAAUGGAUAGACAAAUUGGAGAAAACACAAUCUCUCCAAAUAUUAUAUAAAUAUAUAUGAUUUUGUAUAUUAAUAAAUAUC